UUGGUGGAGGAAUGCUUGUCACCUACUCCUUUUAGUUUCCACUCUUUUCCUCAACUUCUUGACAACUCUUUCCAGUUUACCCUAUAGAAAAAAGAAAAAUCCACAAGUCACAAUCUUUUUUCACAAAGAAGGAAAAAUCUCUCUGUUUCUCUUGCUCUGUUUUCAAGUUAAUGGAGAAGCACGAGUGCAAAUUGUGCUUCAAAAGUUUCUCUAACGGUAGAGCUUUGGGCGGUCACAUGAGGUCUCAUUUGUUGAAGCUUCCAGUUCCUCCAAAACUAGAAGAUCAAUUCCCACAUAUUGAAGUUAGUGAAGACACUGAAUCAAUUUCAUCUUCAGAGGAAGAAGCAGAAGAAGGACAAGGUGUAGAAGAAGAGGAGGAGGAGGAGGAGGAAGACGAGGAAGAAGAGAAGGGUAUUUUUUAUGGGCUCAGAGAGAACCCCAAAAGAAGUAUUAGAUUGGUUGAUCCUGAGUUCUGUUUUGCUGCGGCUGAUGCUGGUUCUGUUGUUCUUCAAGAUAGAGAAAGUGAGACCGAGUCAUCAAAGAACCCAACAAGAAGACGAUCCAAGAGAACUAAGAGAUUGUUAGAGAAUCAUCACCAUCAAUAUCAUCAGCAAAGACCAAGGCAAGAGCAAGAGAACAACAACAUAGUAAAGAAGCUUGAACUCAAGAAAAUGGGUACUGUUAAGGCAGCAGCUGAGUCAUCAUCGGGUCAAGAACCUGAACCGGUGAGUUCAAUUUCUGACACUACAACAGAAGAAGAUGUCGCUUUCUGUCUUAUGAUGCUUUCAAGAGACAGAUGGAAGAGAAAAGAACAAGAGAAUCAAGAAGAAGAUCGGGAACUUGAAGAGGAAGUAGAAACUGAAACAGAUGAUUCUGGUGAGUUCAAAUCUUGCAAGACAAAAGUAAGAGGGAAGUACAAAUGUGAAACAUGCAACAAAGUGUUUAAAUCUUAUCAAGCUUUAGGUGGGCAUAGAGCAAGUCACAAGAAACUCAAAGUUUAUACACCAAGUAAAGAACCAAACUUGGAGCCAACAGAAAAUGCAGGUGCUUCAACUUCUCUGCCAGAGAAGAAAAUCCAUGGAUGUCCAUUUUGUUUUAGAGUAUUUUCAUCUGGGCAAGCUCUUGGUGGCCACAAAAGAUCUCAUGUAAUUGGUGUAGCAGCUUCUUCAAGUACUCCUGCAAGAAGUUCCACAAAGUUUGGAGACAAUAACUUGGGUUUGAUAGAUCUUAAUCUUCCUGCUCCAGUUGAUGAUGAUGAUAUUAGCCAAGCUGAUAAGCUCUCUGCUGUGUCUGAUGCAGAAUUUGUUAGCUACAUCAAACGAUCUGCUAAGCUAUAAGCUAUUCCAGAGAGGGUGGGACUAAAGAGGGAGAUAGCACUUAGUUAAUGACUUGAAUAGCCUUGAAGCUGCAUCUGAUUUACAUUUAAUAACUCUCCUAAUGUUGGUCCUUCGAAAUCUGAAAAGCUGAUUGAGAAAGAAAAAAAAGUUAAAAAAUCCCUCUGUUUUUUUUUUUCUUUCCUUACGCAAGGAAUAAAUAACUUGUUUAGGGUCGGCCUGGCCACAGUGUCGAGCUGGCUCCCGAAUAUGGAAACUUAAAUCUCAUUCAUUGAAUUUGUAAUAAAUGAAAAAUUAAGUAUAAUAUUUAUU